UGCAAGCCAACAGUCAACUCAUUCCCAGCCUCGCUCAGAUUAGUCUGAGCUAUUCCUCACAACGUCGAGCCUUCCUGCUGUCCAGCUUCUCACCUCUGCUCCCAAGAAGGCCUGCUUCAGUUCACUCACGCAGCUUUCGAUAAACCUGUCCCUUCGUCGAAUGCACGCAUGGCCUUCACUACAAUGCAGCCGGCCGCGCAAACGGAUCCCGUCAUCGUCCUCCUUCCUGAUGGCUCCAUUCGUUUGUAUCACGAACAGCUCAUGCAAGUUAGAGAUGUCCUCAAGGAUUUCCCUAGUCACGGCCUCGCCUCACUGAACCACACCGCCACGUUGGGCCCGCCGUCGGGCCCGUCCCCCGGCAUCUUCGCACCAUCGUGGCCGUCUCGGCCGCCAAACGCGGUGGCUGUUCCGCCGGAGCGGUUUUUACGGCCGGGAGGGACGUACUGCUUGCUGGAGAACCCUGACGCGACGAAGCGUGCGACAACAGGCGAUGCCGCCUCGGAGGCCUGCAUCGACGACUCGGAUUCGCCGUCGGGUAACGCCGUCGUCGUCAGCUGCUUCACGCCGCGCGCUGCCCGUUCGUCGACUCGCCAACGCAGCGCCUUCGCAGCGGCGAAUCACGGCGGCUCCUCUGGUAGAUCCGGCGGCCUGGAACGCGCGGCGUCCAUGCCCCCGAUACAGUCACUGCCCGCAGCGCUCAUGCCCACGACGCCGCGGAAGUCCACCAUCAUCCCGCCAGCGCCGCCAACGCCGCGUCAUGCGACGCCGCUUUCGCGGACUUCCAGCGGAGCCGACGCUCGCCCGACAGCAGCCGGCGCGGUCACCGCCAUCCCCAACCUCGUCUCCCCGCGCGCAGCUGCGCCCGCCGCCGCUUCCGCCCUCAUCUCCCCCCGCGCGCCCCAUACUUCCGCUUCUGCCCUCGUUUCCCCACGCGCUCCCCCUGCCGCCGCUUCGUCGCUCAUCUCUCCCCGCGCGCUUCUCUCCAGCGGGUCGCGGAAGCUCGCGCGCGCACUGACAGUUCUCCCCCGCCCGCGAAGGUCCGGAAAUCCGGCAGCACGCGAGCGCGACGGCUCGGAUACGAGCCAGGUGCCGUGUGACGUCAGCAACCACGGCGCGUCGGGCCCGUGGUCGCUCAUGGACCUCCUCUCGCCGACAGGCGGCGGCGGCGCGGGCGCGUGGCAUGUGAACGAUGGUCUUGGUGGCGACGACAUAAACUGGUGGGAGAGCGCCAUCAGCGACCUCAACGUCUCCCGCUCUCAUACCCCCCGUGACGAGGAGAGGGCGGACGGCCUCAGAAGGCAGCGAUACUCGGAGAGUGCGCGCAGCAGCGCGCGGCACGCGAACUGGUCGGGCGGGCUGACGCCCCGCGGCCUUCCGCUGCUGUCGCCCGUGGACCAAGCAGCGGCAGGCGGCGAGAGAACGCAGCAGCAGCCACGGCGGAUGGGUGCGGACUCCACGAAAUACAUGCGUCGAGUGGCCAGCCAAGGCACUAUAGGGGGCGUUGGGCGGAGCACGAGCACUGAGAGCAGCUGCAGCAGCAAUGGCGGCGACAGGACCGGCUCGAGACCCCUCGCAAGCCAGCCCCAUGCCGCUGGCAGCAGCAGCGCCUGCAGCGCCAGCAGCACCAGCAACAGCACGGGUCGGCUGCAAGCAGCUUCUCACCGCCUCUCUCUGUUCAAGUCCCUCCGCCUGCAGGUGGCCCGCCCCACUGCUGCCGCUGUCCUUGGCGUGCAUGCAGCAGGGAAAGCAGCCGCGACGGCAGCACCAACUGCAGGAGAGCCGAUGGAAAGAGUACUUACUGAUGGUGUACCCAGCCCUGGUGGAGGGAAGCUAGCACAUGCCGCAGCAAUGGUUGAAGCAGGCAGUUAUGCGAGUUCUCCUGGUGGUGCAAUGCCUUGUGUGACCACCUUGAGUUCUUCGAGCAAUGGCUCGACGCGGCUGAAGGACUGGCUCUCCGCUAGGGGGCUCUCUGCUCCUAAUACGCCACUUUCUGUCAGUCAGCAAGCUGCUCCUAUUCCUGCCCCAAUGAAGACUCUUAGGCCUGCUAUUGCUGCCUCAAGAGCCGCACCAACUGGGCCUAGCAUGCGUACGCAAUGCGUGAAUGCCCCUAAAUACGCACUUCAGCCCUUCUCGGGUUCCAGUUUUCCAGACAUGCAGUCCCCUAUGGCACCUCUGCAUGCUAUGUCGUGAUGUGUGUUGACACUAUUUUGAGGAUAUUAACUUGAUUUUAUCUGUUGCCUAAACCCAUUUUCUGU